AUGAAUCCCGGAGGCUUAAAUUCCGACUCAUUUAUUAUUUACUUGUGGUUAUCAAACAUUCAUUCCUUUGGACCCUUACUUGGACAAGAUAAACCAUUUGAAUUUGAAUUUCAAAAAGGGGAAUAUCGAAUGCAGACACAACCGAAUAAGUUGAAAUUAAAAAAAAUUUUACAUUCGAAAAGAACAUUUCGGAAGUUAAUUGCCGAUGACGUAAUUGAUGACGUAAUUGAUGAUACGUUUGAUGACGUUUUACAUAUUGUUGAUGAUGUUAUCAAUGAAAUUAAACAAUUGGAUAUCAAAUUACUUUUUUAUUACUCUUUGUAA